GGGUCGCGCAACCUCUGGGGCACAACUGAGAACUUUCUUGGGGACUGAAGCAAGGUUGUCGCGGUUCGCGCACGGUGGGCGUGUGGGGCGGGCGAGACCGAACAUCCCUUUUGGCUUCCGACUUCAGCUUGAUUGCUGUAUUCUUCCAUUAGAGCAAGGUCAGCCUGACGGGACAAGCCAAAAGAAGAAGAAGAAGAAGAAGUCCACUUUAUGGCGUUUGUUUAUGUUUCACUUCCUCGUCCAGGUUGCGAUCACGUAGACCUCGACUGGUCUUGUUCACCACACCUCGAGGAUUUAGCAGUCGGUCACGAAGUUCUCGACUCCUCCUCCUCCCUUUGCUGCUGUGGCCCGAGGGUUUCCUUCAGCUUCCUCAGUGACUCUUCUAAUAAUUAUGAUAACUGUCAUCGGAAGCAGCACUCAACUCCGUUUGGACUUUGUCCAGCUCAGCAGAACAAGUUGAUUCACUUUCUCCGCUUGGCGGGUUCCCGUCAUAUCCUCCGAUUUCAGCCAAAGCUCGUUUUUCUCCCGAUUGCGCUCGUUCCACGCGGGGAGGCCGUCGCAGAUGAAACGACGAAAGAACGCAAGAGGACGACACUGAAAGGAUGGCCUGGGACGAAAGAGUCCAAGCACAAAACCGUGACGGUGGUGGAUGACAUCAUCGCGAACGGGAGUAAACUUGUUAUUCUCUCUCCUCUACGUAAAAACAGAUGUCGGAAAAAAAUACACAAAGGCCACCUCGGAAGGGGCCGGAGAGGAAAUGCGCCCGCCGAGGACAAACCGAGACUUUAGCCAGACCGCGGCAUCGCGCCAACUAUGCCGCACCUGCAGACCUGAACAGCAAAGUGACUCGUCCAGCGCCCCACCGACCGAAGUCGGAGCAGAUCCGUUCGACUGGGAAGGAAAGCGUCACGUAAUAUGGUCGCUGACUGCUUCUCAAACGUUCCUGAAGUUGGAGCGCCGCCGCCGCCGCAGUUCUCGGCUCCCUUUUUGCCGGUCCCGUGUGACGUCUUUUCGGACAACGGGCCUCGAUUUUCCAGCUGGGAGUUUGCUGCUUUUUGCCAACCAAGGGGCCUUUAAAGUCAACUCCAGCACGUCCCAAAUCUCACGGAUCGGGAACCGCUACGGAAAAUAGCAACCAGUGGACCAACAACGACUUCCUUAUUUCUGUUCGGGGCUCUCGAUUGCUCUCCAGCGACUUGACGGUGUCUUGAAAUGUUGUGGUUUUCCGCACAAGUUGACAAAGGCUUCUCUUCUUUUGGAGCCAAAAAAGGGGAAAUGCAGACGAGAGGGCGAAAUAUCUGACGGGGGGAGGGGGACGGGGGAGUCUGAAACAGGAACCCGGUCCCAGCGACGAUCACGCUUUUCGCCAGAGUGCAAAAAUGCCCGAGGCUGAGGUCCUCUACGCCGAUUUGUUCUUUAUCAAAUCGCGAGGAAAUCAGAGCGCAGACGCGGCCUCGUCGGCACCCGAGACCAACUACGCCCAAGUUAAGCUGGAGAAAAGUCGCGAUGGCAAGCCGGCGAGGUCAAAGCUGACGACGGAGAGAGCGGCCUUGGCGGUCGUCUGCGUUCUCCUGCUGCUCGCGCUCAUCGCGCUUUGUUACGUCUCUUACCAGAACAUCCAGAGCGGGAAGAACCUCCAAAGACUGAAGGCUGAGCGAGAGGAGUUGGAAGCCAGUCAGUCUGAAAGCUCGAUCUUCCAAGAUGGCGUCUGCAAGAGUUGCGACACGGGUUGGGAGCUUAACGGAGAAAGCUGCUACCGGUUCUCCACCGACAAGUUUACCUGGGAACAGAGCCAAAACAAGUGCCGGCUUGAAGACGCCCAGCUGGUGAAGAUCGACAGCCGCGACGAGCAGAUUUUUGUGGAGAGGAAGCUGAGGGACAAAAUGAGCUCCUUGGAAGACAAGUUCUGGAUCGGCUUGACGGACUCCGAGCGGGAGGGUCGAUGGCUCUGGACGGACGGCUCGGCUCUGGACCCGAGCUUGAGCUUCUGGAGCGGGAAAGAGCCCGACAACUGGCCGCAGGGCGACGAGGUCGGCGAGGACUGCGCCCGCAUGGGCGAGAAGAACGGCGCCGCCGACCUCCGGUGUUGGUUCGACCAAGCGUGCCGCAACCCCCACAAGCGCGUCUGUGAGAAGACGGCGCGGAAAGGACGGUCGUUCUGCAGAUUCCUCUGAACGCGAUUUGGCCUCCCAGUUCUGAAGACCGGGGGUUCGAAUCCGGCUCCCGCCUGCGUGGGUUUCCCCCACCGUCCCAAAAAUGCCCCCGCAUUCGGUGGCGACUCUUAAAUUGCCCGAACGUGAGUGCCGAUGGUUGUUUGUCUCUAUGUGCCCCGCGGUUGGAUGGCGACCAGUUGAGGGCGCACCCCGCCUCCUGCAUGGGCGCUUGUGAGGAUAAGCGUCUCAGAUAACAGAUGGAUGAAAUACAAGAUAGAAUACUGGAAUAGAAUGUAAAGACUUCCGGUGAAGUUGUAGUAGUAGACGUGAGUGAGGCUAACGUGACUUUUUAUCUGUUGAAUGCAAUCUGGAAAU